AUGGUUGUGGGUCUGAUUGUGAAGGCGGGCGUGGUGUACGCUGUGGUCAUGGCCACCAUAAAUAAUGGCGUAUGGGAGUCUCCGGAGAAGACGCAGGAUGUGUACGACGACACCGUGGAAUUCAUUGAACCCUAUGCCGAACGAGCGCGUCGCAAGCUGAACAUCUGCCCUCCGAGGCCUCCGCCGGAGGGCGAGUUGCCCUUCUUCGGCAUUUACUACUAUAAUAAGUUUGUUAAAUCGGUGUUCGACGUUCUGAGCGUUUUCCCCGCCGGUCUUUCUGCAUUUUUGGCAAAAGCACCAGGCGUCGUGACCGCCUUUAUCGAUAGCAUUCAAAAGUAUAUCAAAGAAAGCAAGUCCAAGAAGAAGGAGAUCACCAUAUCCAAAGGACAGCUGGAUGAGACGCCUCUUGUGAGACCACACGGACUUGUGCCACCUCACUGCAAGGACAAGAACUGCCCGAAGGCUCCACUGGUUCCACCUGGUUGUAAUCGAAACAGGGAUAGCUUCAUCUACGAGCCGCGAAUGCCCAAGAAAGCUCCUUGCGAGUGCUCAAAGUGCAAGCAACGCCAGGCGGAGAAUUGGAAGGACAAUAAGCGCAAAUGCUCCAGUCUUGCAAGCAGCGAAAGGAAGUGUGCCUGCGGCGAAGAUCCCCGUCCGGAACCGCGCUCAGAAUCCAUUAAAUCUUGUAAACAGUGCCGAAAACCCCCCUCAAACUCCGCUCCCUAGGGAUCCCUUCACCAAAUCUGUCCAACACCUUAGCCAAAUUUGUUGUAACGUAACCUAGACAAUAAACAUUUGGUUAACUCGGUUUGGCA